AUGGACAUCUACACCUCCACUUUGUCACCAGCGCUGGACAUCGGCACAGGAUGUUAUCUGCUGGUUAUAGCUGUUUUCUCCAUCGUGGGAAACCUGCUGGUCAUCAUCAUGGCGGUUAAAAGGUCAUCAAAGAUGAAACCGCCAGAGCUGCUGAGCGUGAAUCUGGCAGUGACAGACCUGGGAGCAGCUGUUACCAUGUACCCCCUGGCUGUGGCCUCUGCCUGGAGCCACCGCUGGCUGGGAGGAGAUGCUACCUGUACAUAUUACGGCCUGGUGGGGUUCUUCUUCGGCGUUGCCAGCAUCAUGAAUCUGACUAUCUUGGCCAUAGUGCGCUUCAUUGUGUCCCUCAAUCUGCAAUCUCCCUGUCAGAAAAUCAGCUGGAAGAAAGCAAAGCUGCUGUGCAUGUGGAUCUGGCUGUACGCUCUGAUCUGGGCUCUGUUUCCCAUUCUGGGCUGGGGAAGGUACGGGCCAGAGCCCUUUGGCCUGUCCUGUUCUCUUGCCUGGGGACAAAUGAAACAUGAGGGCUUCUCUUCCUUUGUCAUCUCCAUGUUCUCCUUCAACCUAGUCAUACCUUCUGUCAUCAUCACCUGCAGCUACUUUGGCAUCGCCAUCAAGCUCUAUUUCACCUACAAAAAGUCGAUGAACAAGAACAACCGAGUCCUCAAUAUUGUCAAGAUCCAUCAAAGGCUGUUAAUAAUCGCUGUGCUGAUCAGCAUAGGCUUCAUAGGCUGCUGGACGCCCUACGGCCUGGUAAGCCUGUGGUCUAUUUUCAGUGACAGUAGCGCCAUCCCACCUGAAGUCAGUCUCCUGCCGUGCAUGUUUGCAAAGAGCUCCACCGUAUACAACCCUAUAAUCUACUACAUCUUCAGCCAGAGCUUCAAAAGGGAGGUAAAGAAGCUGUGCUGGUUGUGCCUACCCUUUAAACCAGUGGACAUUUCCAACAACAUCAAUGACAAUAAUAUUUAUAUGAUUAAUGUUGACAAUAAGUCCAGAGUAGAAGCACAGCCUACUUUGCAGGAAAUCACAAAGACAGUAAGUUUAUCUCAGUUCUCUUAAUACCCUCCCUUGCUUGUUUUCCUUGCGCCUUCUCCCCGCCCACUGGGGAUACACGGAGAGAUGCAAGGAAACCAUGCGAGGAUAGAAGAAACGAGGAAAUCAUUUCUCACAGAAUGGAGACAUCUUUUGCUCCGUAGAGUCACGUAAAGCGGCACCUGAUCGCAGCUGGAUCAGCUGUCAGCUGUAGAGAAUGUUGAUGGAGUUUGUGUCUGCACAUAUCUACCUCAGUCGAGGCCAAUCUCCACAUUCACUCCAUUCACAACAGACCAUGUCUACUGUAAGCGUUUGGUUGAAAUAUUUUUCUGUUUACUGUUCAUACCAUUAACAUAUUGUUCUUUUAGUUUAAAACAACAAAUAGUUAAAAACAGUCAAGUGUCUUUAGAGUUAGUCAAGUUCACUCCCAUAAUUAAGGCAACAGGAAAUAUUUAUACAUAUAAUUUAUGUGUACUUUUGGAGUGUUUGUUUGUCACCUUGCAUUUCCUCAGAACUCUGACUAGACUUAUGUUUAUCAUCAUGAAGCUGUGGUAGCUCUGAAUAACUAGAGAUAUUUUCACCUGACAGGAAUGGGUACAGGCCCACAGGACUUUAUGUUCCAGAUUAAAGAUCUAAGCGAAUAUGGCUGCCCAGUGACACAGAUGCUCUGCAGCCCGAGAGUGAGAUAGGAAUGAUGCAUGGAUUCUCCUGUUUGCUAUAAUAUAAAGUAAAGAAUGCUAUAUUAUCACUGCCGUUGGUCAACUUGACAAUUAAUGGGAGGCCAAAAUAGCCCUCAGGCCACCGGGAAAUUACCCGGUUCUCCCGAUGGCCAGUCUGCUAAUGUGCACUGUGCUAAUAAUAAUAAAGGCUCACACUUGUCUUUCCCAGAGCAGCAUGUUUUCUCUCUGUAACUGUUACCUGUUGAACAAACACCUGCACAUGAAGAAUAACUUGCAUUCUGUUGUUAUACUGUGUAGCCUACUGCUCAGAGGCCCUGGAUCACAAUGUGUUUAUAUUCCAGUAUGAAACUGCAGUGAUGUCAUGAUGUACCAGAUCAGUGCGAUCAGCUGCAAUGUCCAAUCAACAACUGAUAACCAAUAAGGGGCCAUGUCGGACAGUAAAAGAUUUCCAUGAAGGCUGCUCUCAUGUAUCCUCGCUCAUGGCUCAGAGAUCACUCCUCCAUCCUUGAUGCACAAAUAAGAGCUAUGGAACAGCCUGCAAGAUGGCAGACCAGAACAA